GUGUUCGAUUUUAGUAGUUUUUCAGAUGAAACUGUUUGAUCAUAUACAGACCUUAUACGAGCAUGAACUCUACGAGGAUCUCGUUUUUCUCCAUGAAAUUGUCCCGCAUUGUGACAGUAUGAGCACAAAACACGAAGCACUGAUGGCGGUGUAUGUGGCGGAUGCUUACUUUGAACUGGAGAAGUACUCCCAAGGAUUAUUGAAUUACUUCAAAGCACUGCAGCUUUAUCCAGAAGUAGCCAGAAUGAUACACAAUAAGCAGUUUUCCGACACUGAAGUUAGGUUUCGCUAUCAUAAAUGCUUAGUGAAGGAGAAGAAGUUUGAAGAAGCUUUGGCUGUGUUGGCCAAGAUUCCCGGCCACCAAUAUAUACCGAAAGUGCGAUACGCUAUGGCCAAGCUUCUAGCUGGCAAGGAUCAUAAAGGAGCGAACAUGUCGAUCGGUUACUUACAAGACGUUUUUACCAACUGUAAUAGUGCAUUCGGCUCUUUGGCUACUGUACUUCGGAGUGGGACGUCAAGUGCAUCUACCGUUGAUACCGAAGCAAUUGCUGAUUGUUUUGAGGGAUCCGGUUCGACAAAUCUGACGACGUGGCUAGAGGCGCAAAAGCUGUUGGGCAUCGGGCAAGCUGAGCAAGCUUUGAAGAUUAUGUCUUUGCUUGGAACCAACAAUCCUAAGAUCCUGACAGAGAUGGGGUUGGUGUAUAACUCACUAGGAAUGCGACAUGAAGCUCGUUCGGAACUGGCCAAAGCCCAUUCGCUAGACGGUGAACAGCAUUACGCAAUGGAUACUCUAGCUUUGUUGUAUGCACAGAACACUCCGCCAAUGGCCAAAGAAUUAGAGUCUUUGGCGACACAGCUAAUGAACUCUAACGAGAAUACUGUUGAGGCAUGGAUUGCCUUCGGUCACUGUGCAAGAGUGCAAGGAAAACUGAAAACUGCAUUGUAUUUUGCGCAUAAAGCAUGCAAUCUUACGAUCUUUGGAGACAAACCCAAAUCUGAGGCAAUGAUGUUGAAGGCACUCGUCCUUCUCGAUCUUGAAAAGUUCGAUGAGGCAAUGCGUCAUUUGAGCGCGGCCAUCAAACGAGACAUAAAAAAUAUCGACCUUUACGAAUUACAAAUUGUUACUUAUCUGCAGAGAGCAAAAAUUCGGGAAGCUCGAGCGGCAGUAGCCAUAUGUAUGCAAAAUCUUCCGAAUUCUCCCCGAGCAAGAGUGCUUAAGGCUCAGGUUUUGCUUGCUUCAACCAGUGGCAAGGAAGAAGCUCAAACAAUUUUGGAAGAAGUGGUUUUUGCUCAUCCGUAUCUUCUAGAGGCUGUGUGGCUUCUUAUUAGUCAGUACGACAGCACCCACAAUUAUCAGAAAGGUACGGAGGUUUUGAAGAAAUUGACUGAGAAUUCAAUGGUUCCAUUCCAUUCAAUGGGUCGUUUACAUCACCAACUUGGUGAAUUUUUGUCGAAAACAGGAAUGCCUGCGGCAGCGUAUCAUCAUACAAACCUGGCUCUCACGAAGCAAUGUGAAGAAGCAGCAGUCCAGAUGACGCAUCUUGAACCGGCGUUGUCGUUCACUACACCUCCUAUGCCUACCACUCCCACUAGUGUGCCGACUGGUUGUCCGGGCGCUCCGCGUCAUAGAGGGCGGCAAAGACAUGCCGCGACUUCCUCUACUGCUCCCGCAGGUGAAGGAGGUCGUGUGGUCCGAGCGUUCUCUUUCGACUCCUCUAUGGACGAUACGGGAAAUGAUGCAAUGGAUGUAAAUUCUGGAAGUUGACAUCGAAGAACGCUGAGAAGAUAGCUGACUUGGUCAAUGUGAUAGUGGAUCUCAAAUGUGAUUUUUCUUGGCACACGCCAUACUUGAUCCGCUUGAUCCACUUCGCUAUUGGUCACCUCGCUGAUUUGACUAAUAAUGAAGAGGACCAAGCGGCAAAUAUGGCGUAUGCUUUAGGAUCAUAAUCAGUUUUAUACGGUGUUAACAAAAAGUAAAUAUCUGAACUGGUGCGAUUAAAGAUUUAUCAAUGGA